GCUCACCACCCAACGACGACGAGGACGCAUACAUCUUGCACUAUACAUGUCAUCAUCCUCUCCGCCUCCUCCCCCUUCGUCCUCGUCGUCAUCUCAUACCAAAUUACCUAGAUUCAUACGACCUCAGCCAGGGCGCGACAGGUCACGUUCGACCGGUACGUACCUCGACACCACCGUCCCGCCUGUUGCACUGUCACCUGGAACGCCAUCUGGGAACAAUGGUAACUCCCAGACGCCUGGGGCACAAAGCCGUAGUGGAGCACCUAAGAAGCUUGGUCGAGGAAUAGGGAAGAAACGGUCGCGACUGUUUGGCCGAGGGUCCGACAACGAGUCCAAGGGGUCGACGUCCUCUGACAGGGACACCGCUGGACCAUCUCCACCUCCUUCGAGUUCUAGUCCGUCCUCUUCACCACCAAUGAUACUGACCACACCGACUUCUCCCCACUCUUCGCACCCAUUUGGUCACCGAGUACGCAAUUCUUUCCAAUCAACCCGCGCACCCUCCUCUUUCGAUCCCGGCGUACCGGCAGCCGCAGCUGGUGGAGUGCUAUCCUCCAACGCUAGCAUUAUUUCCACAUCGACGGCAUUCCAUCGAUUGUCUGAUAUACCCGGGCGCUUGACGGGUUGGCUCGGAACUCAUUUCACUCCUCCGCCUCCCAAUCCGGGUCAACAGGCCCUCUCCUCUUCACCGUCUCAUCCGAGUUCUGGAAAUUAUGGUGCACCGUCCCCCAGUCCAUCCCAGCCAGUCUCUGCUAACAACUCAGCGGUCGGGAAUCAUCGUCAUUCUGGAUUCAUGAAGGGUUCAGCCGCGAAAGCUCCUGGCCCUAUCGAGAAAGCAUUCCGGUACCUCUUCGACACCGAUGCCAACCCGGACAGGAGCGAGAUGUCAAUUUGGUUACUAGGGGCUACGUACCCAGGUUGGGCCAACAGCGAUGUUCAAGUGCCCGAUCGCUCUCCAUCUCAAUCCCCAGUUGGCUCUCAGCAUCCAAUGCCGCUCCCGAUUCCCAGCUCACCGCAGCGGGAUCAGCCGACCUUAAUGCAUGCAUCCAACAAUUCUCUGUCUUCGUCCAACUCGGGUCUUUACGCUGCCCCCAGUGCAUCCUCCACUCCUCCACAGCCACCCCAGCCUGCUUGGCCACCGGCAUUCUAUGCAUCUUUUUCGUCCCUCAUCUAUCUGACCUACCGUUCGCAAUUCAAGCCCAUCCCACAAUCUCAACCUCCGCUUCCGCCCCCAACCACGAUCGAUUCAGUCGUCCCCAUUUCUAUCCCUACUCCUCCGUCUACUGCCCCAAGCGUGCCCGAAAGCCCAAACAGACGAUGGCUUGCUUGGGUUCCCGGACGGGGAGAUCUUACCUCGGAUGCUGGCUGGGGUUGCAUGCUUCGCACUGGACAAAUGCUCCUUGCCAACUCGUUGGUAGCACUGCAUGUUCCCCCAUUACCACCGAACCCGGUCUAUAUCAAUAAUUUCCCAGCACCUAGCCUUCCGCCGUCCGAGACAGAUAGGCAGCGCUUUGAAGCAUAUGUCAAGAUUCUCGUUUGGUUCUUGGAUGACCCGAGUAUCUGGUGUCCUUUCUCAGUUCAUAGGCUAGCCUUGGCUGGGGCAGAUAUGGGCCGAGAGGUGGGUCAAUGGUUCGGUCCCAGCAUCGCAGCUGGUAGCAUCAAGAAACUUGUCAGCGCUUUCCCAGCCUGCGGGCUUGGCGUCGUUGUCCCACCGGAUCAGAUCAUACACGAGACUGCGGUGUUUACUGCGUCGCAUACGCCUACCUUGCCGUCAUCGGCAUCUUCAUUAUCCAACACUCGAGACCGAGAAGCCCGUGAAAGAGCGAACCGAAUGAAAGAAGAAUGGGGCGAUCGCGCCGUAUUGAUCCUCAUUGGAUUACGGCUUGGUAUCGAAGGGGUCACCCCGAUAUACUAUGACAGCGUCAAAGCGCUGUUCACAUUCCCUCAAACUGUUGGAAUCGCGGGCGGGAGACCGAGCAGCAGUUAUUACUUCGUCGGUACACAGGGAGACCAUUUGUUCUAUCUCGACCCUCAUAGCACGCGUCCUGCCGUCCCUCUGCGAGUACCGACAGACGGUCCUUAUGAUGCAACGGGCCAGUUCACGCUGUCGGAAAUGAAAACGUUUCAUUCCGACAAGGUGCGAAAGAUGCAUAUUUCCGGUCUUGACCCAUCCAUGUUAUGCGGUUUUAUUGUCCGGAACGUGGAAGAAUGGCGCGAUCUGCGUGCCCGAGUGGACGCACUUGCCAAGUCCAAGGGAGGCAAGGCACCCAUAUUCACCAUUGCGGAUGCUCCAGCGGCUUGGGAGAUGCUAGACAGUGACGACAUGAGCGAUGUGGGGAUGGAGAGCAUCUCGAGCGACUCCAUGAGCGUAGACCACGAGUUUGACGAACCCGAGCACGACGAGCACGAGUUGACCACUCCGACCGUUGCGCAGCAUGCGAAGAUACCGUCGGCAGCGGAAGUCGUACUCAUCGGCCACCACGGAGAAGAAGACGAGACGAUGGAUGCGGGACAUUUGGAGUCUGGACCAUCCACGGCAGGUACAGAGGUGGAGCUGGAUGAUGAAUGGGAAGAGACCCCUGGGUUAAAGAGCCCGACGGCAACCAGCAGCUCCAGCGGAACCGGCGAGCGGGCGGACACGCCCGUGUUGGUGCCCUUUCCUCAAGACCCAAACCCGUCGCCAUCGGCGAACAGGCGAGCUUCGUUCGAUGCGCUAGGAAGAGAUAGGCAAAGGGAACGGGAAACGGCCAAGACGCUUGUUCCGCCAUCUAGGACGGCAUUCCCCGCUCCUCCGCAGAAUGCCCAGAAAAGGUCGGCCUCUAAGGAUCAGGCAGAAGUGGGCAAUCUUGCCCAGGGGCACGAAACACAUCGAGAGAGGGAAAGGCUCACGGCGAUUUCCCCCCCUACACAGGCGAGGCAGCAUCAUCAGCACAAGCACAACAGGCGACCCGAGUCAUCGUCCCAGUCGCAUUCCCAGUCUCAGGGUGCACCUCCAGCUCAGCAAGCACCUCUCCACGCGCCAACAGCCCCUACGUCCAUUCCUCAAAAGCCUCAUCCGCGCCUCCCUAAAAUCCUGGACCCUCAGCCACAGGCAGAACGGGAAGAAUUUUCUUCUCCUGAAGAGCUUACGGCUUCAAUGGAGUUUGACACCCCCGUGCGGAAGCCAAGCCCUCGUCAGAGAGAGCAACCCGGGCUUGGAGCAGCGGCGCGAUCUGCACAGGAAGCACAAGGGAAAGGAGGGAGGGAGGAAUUAGGGCAUGCCCCGCCAGAGCAGAGGAUGAGGCGGUCGACGACGAGCAGCCAGUGGGAGAAGAUCGAAGUUAACUAGGAGGCGAGUAUACACCUGUUUGCCUUUUUUUCCCUGAGACUUUGUUACACAUUUGUCUUUUUCAUUCAUGACUUGUAGAAGUAUGCGAAGUAUUUCUUCUGUGAUGCUGUAUGGU